AUGACGAUGAAGGCAAGGACAGGAGGAGAAGACACCACAGUCGCUCAAGAAGCCCCAAACCAAGACACGACAGAGAACGAAGCUCGCGAAAAGACGACGCACCACCCUCACCACCACCAAAACGCAGAAGACGCUCAUACUCGCAAUCAGAGUCACCCCCACCGCGCCGCCCUCGUGGCCCUCUACCCUCACAACAAGAUCAGUUCCGCCAGGGGAGACGAUGCUGCGCCAGCAGAGCCAGUGGUAGAAAAGCAGAAGCCCAACUUCAAUGCGACAGGACUACUUGCAAAAGAAGCAAAUACGGUGGCCGGCACAAAUACAGUCCUCAAAUACCACGAACCGCCCGAGGCGCGCAAGCCAUCGAGCAAGGAGCAAUGGCGCAUGUUCGUCUUCAAGGGCAAGGAUAUGAUCGACACGAUUCACCUCUACUCGCGCAGCUGCUGGCUCAUGGGACGCGAUCAAGCAAUUGUCGAUUUCCAGUUGGAGCACCCGAGCAUCAGCAAGCAGCACGCUGUUGUCCAAUUCAGACACAUCACAAAGACAAACGAGUACGGGGACAAGCUGAGCAAGGUCAAGCCAUAUCUCAUCGACCUGGACAGCGCAAAUGGAACACGGCUGAACGGGGAGAAGGUUGGAGGCAGCAGAUACAUUGAGCUACGGGACGGUGAUGUCGUGGGCUUUGGCGAAAGCGAGAGAGAAUAUGUCAUGAUGCUGCCCAAAUAA